AUCUUUCAUCAGGACUUGACUAGGCUACAUAGCCACUCAGUGCAAGCACAGUAUAGCAUUGUUCUGAAGUUUCAUAGUGCGGGGUCAUAAAGCAGAUGAAAGUGGCUCCCACUCAUAUUACAGCUCCUUAAAUAUCAUUGUACAUAUACUGCUAUCGAACAUCUUUUAAAAGAAAACAAUUACAUGAAAACUUUCGCAGACUCUCCGCAAAACCGCACAAAGUGCUGGAUGAACUCAGCAGGUCAAGGCAGCAUCCAUGGAGGAGAAUAAACAGUCGGCGUUUCGAGCCAAAACCCUUAAUCGGCACCUGGAUAAGGAUUAAUCCCCCUCCAUAGGUGCGGCGUUCCUCCAGCAUUUUGUGUUCUGUUGUUCUGGAUUCUCUGGUGUUUACCUUUACGACCCCUGCUGUGCUUCUGGGGUGUGAUCACAGAUGUAAUGUGGUAAACGCGCACAUCUAGAACCUCCACAAAGAGCAAAUUGAUAGUGACUAAAUAAUGUUUUGGUUUGGGUACUGAAAGCGGGGAAUAAGGGAAUACUGCCAUUUUUAAGGAUUCGUAUUACGAGCAGUAAAUCCUGCGAAACACUUGAUAGGUCAGCUUGAGUGGAGAAAAUCAAUAAAAGAUGUCGAAUCAUUACAUCCAAGUUAUCUUCCCUCCAAUCCUUGCAUGAUUUCAUGCACCUAACAGGAAGUCUGAGAUCAAGUACUUAUCCUUAGAAAAGCCUAUCGGCCGCCCGAUUUACUGAUUCCUAUGUGAUGAUAUAUUUGGGGAUGUACUCUGACUCGUACAGUUACAAUGAAUACAAGGUAAUGGAAAGGCGGCAGGGACAGGGUUUUUUUUCGGUCCCAGUCAGUUGAUUUUCUAAAUGUGCCGUGGAAUAUGGAUUGGCUGAUGGCCGUUUCACAGGAUGCCUCUGUUCUUGAGGAAUUUCUUGCCGCGCAGUGGAAACAACAUCUAUCUGAAUUACAAUAGCAACAAAAUACGUCCGUACUACCGGCAAAGGAUUUGGAUUAGACAAGGAGCAAGUGAAUGGCGAGGAAGUCCAAUAAAUCAGAGCCGUCUGCGUGCACAUAUGAAAGUUGACGCUCUAACUCGAACACCGCACGGCAUCCGGAAGCGCAAGGAAAGGUUUCGUUCCCGGUUGACUCGGCGCCCUCCGACCAACAGAGCGAUUUCAGACAAGAAGCACAACUGAUUAUCCGAAACCUCAAAUGUUCUGCCAUGAUGGUUCAAGCCUUCCAGUUUCAGAUUGGGUGCAUUUUCUUGCUUACACAAGUCUUGCCAUACUUCUGUUUGCAAAAACUUGACACUGAUCAUGAAACAAUUGUGAAGAUCUCCACUGCUGGACAAUUGAUGCAGUGUUCUGCAGCUAUCGAUUUGCUGUUCCUGCUGGAUGGGUCAUACAGUAUUGGCAAGGGAAGCUUUGAGAGAUCCAAGCAUGUAGCAUUCAAACUUUGUGAUGCUCUUGAUAUCAACCCAGGCAGGGUCACAGUUGCAGCGAUCCAGUACAGUUCAAGGCCUAAAGUUGAAUUUUAUCUGAAUUCCUACUUAACGAAAGAAGAAGUAAAAGAACAAUUUAAGAAAAUUGUAUUUCGAGGUGGAAGUACGCAGACUGCCCUGGCAUUGAAAUAUGUACUUCAGAAAGGAUUUAUAGCUGCAAGAAAUGCUUCUGUUCCUCGAAUUCUUAUCAUUCUUACCGAUGGUAAAUCUCAGGGUGAUGUGGCAGAGGCAGCAGCUCAAGUGAAAGAAGCUGGUGUAACCGUGUUUGCUGUUGGAGUCAAGUUUCCGAGAUGGGAGGAGUUGGCUUUACUAGCUAGUGAACCUACAGACAGCCAUGUGCUGUUUGCAGGGCACUUUGAUGAUGCUGUCAAUGGUCUGUAUACCACGUUAACAAGCUCUGAUGUCUGCUCUGCUAUUCCACCAGCUUGCAAGCUUGAGACCCAUGUCUGUCUACGUAAAUCUCUAGAAACAGUGAAGGAAUUCAAGGGGAAUUUCAUGUGCUGGAGGGGAUCAUAUGAAUAUGGUGGACCUUUCUCAACACUAUGUCCUUAUUACAGUUGGAAGCGAGUUUAUAAGACGCAUCUUGCUCGAUGCUACAGAACUCUGUGCCCAGAUCCGUGCGAUUCACAGCCCUGCCAGUAUGGCGGCACAUGUAUCUCAGAGGACCUUGAAAAGUACCACUGUCUCUGCCCUGCAGCAUUUGGAGAAGACUUUAAUUGCGCUCCACAACAAGGACUUGAAUGCAGUGUGGAUCUUUUGCUGCUAAUUGAUGGCUCAGCCAAGACAACCCUUGAAGGAUUUCUCCAGCACAAAGCCUUUGUGAAAACAUUUCUGCAGGUAGUGCUGACUGCAGACAGUCAAAUUAACGUUGGCGUGGCACAGUACAGUGACGGAGUCCAAAUGGAACUGCCUAUGGGACUGCACCAGGAUAUAUCAGAUGUUGCUCGUAAGAUUGAACUGAUGCGUUUCAAAGGAGGCAGCACAAAGACUGGGAAGGCUUUAGAAUACCUCACCCAGAUUGGAUUUAAAACCAGAUCGACGGUUCCACAUGUUCCUGAGGACCGUCCCCAUGUUUUAGUUCUGCUAACAAACUCAAAAUCAGACGAUUCCAUAGCUGAAUCAGCCAAAUACGCCAGAGAGCGAGAGGUCUUUCUCCUUGCAGUUGGAAGCCACAGUCUUCAGUCAGAACUGGUUGCAAUUACAGGAAAUCCCCAGCAUACAGUCACAUAUUCAAAUCCUCAACAUUUCUUCAAUCAGAUUCCUGAACUAAGAACAAAAAUCUGCAACAUUGACAAUCAAGGAUGCUUAUCCCAGCCUUUAGAUCUCGUGUUUGCUUUGGAUGCAUCAUCUGGAGUUGGAAAGGACAACUUUGAUAAAGUGAAAGAUUUUACGAAGGCUGUCACCAUGCAGUUUGAAAUAAACCGUGACGUUACUCAGGUUGGCCUCGUGAUCUAUGGCAGCAGUUCGAGGACAAUUUUUGGUCUUGAUGCGUUUGAUUCAGGCCUUAACCUCCAGAAGGCCAUUGACUUAGCUCCUUAUUUGGGCGGAACUGCCUCCACUGGCAGUGUUCUCCUUCACAUUUACGACGAUGUGAUGACUAUCCGACAAGGCGCCCGGCCUGGUGUGAAUAAGGUGGUGGUGGUGCUAACAGAUGGAGCAAGCACUGACGAUGCAGCAGUUCCUGCACAGACUCUGAGGAACAACGGCAUCACCGUCUUUGCUGCAGGUAUUGGUGACGUGCAGAAGGAGUCAUUGCUAAGGAUCACUAGCUCUGCCAAUUACAUGAUAACUGUGCCAUCCUUCGAGGAUUUGAAAUAUUUUGACGAAAUCAUUGCUCACAGGAUUUGUGAAGUGGCCAAGCAGCCAGUCAACUUGUGCAGACCCAAUCCAUGUAUGAACGGAGGGGAGUGCGUACUUCAUGCUGGAAGAUAUCAUUGUGAGUGUAAAGGCUGGGAAGGAGUGCACUGUGAACACAGAAUUGCAGACCCAGUGCCUCGUGGAGAUGUCCCCAGGACACACAGGAGGCGGCUGUGGCACUUAAACAGAAGAGGGAAAAGGUUUCACAGAAGACGUAGGCACCGAAGGAACAAGAAUAUGUUAUCCUAACUGGGCUUACUCUGUCCUGUUUCCACGUUCAUACUGGGCAUAUGAUCCGACAUGGAGCAGAUGGAAAGAGGCUGACAUCAGCAGCUUUUUGCUUUGAUUUCAUUGACUCGAAUACCUGUACUGUUUUCAGUUCCAAAGUAACUGGUAUAUGAUCAUUUGAGAAGUUACUCAUGUUUCUUAAGGGAACACUGUUACCAAGCUAAUGAUUUAAUUGUUUGUCAGGUCCUCAUUUACGUGGACUUCCACCGUGUCUGCACGAACUGUUCAAGCUUUGGUUUACAUUCAAAGAAAUAUGUUCUACAGUUUGUAAUAUCCAUGCUUUUAUAACAUUAUCUUAAGUUUAACUGGUCAUGCUAGUAUUUAAACAUUGUUUCUCAUGUGACACUGCAUUGGUUUUGAGAUUUCAGAAAGGCAAUGCAUUUUAGUAUUCUUUUCUUCAUGGUUUUGUUUCUGAAAGAAAUUUUGCAAUUCAUUGCCUCCAUCUAUUAAAGGAGUGGAUUUGUCACAUUGGUGAGUUUUUUCAUCUGUGAUACAUGCUAAGUAUGCAAAAGAGCUAACACAGAGGUUAUCCAGCCAAACGAAGUUGUUUAUUAACAAGGAAGUGAUUGAAAUACAUAUCAGGAUCGAAAGAUGCCAAACUUACAGUACUGUGCAUAAAUUGUAGGCACAUUCACACAACUAGGGUGGCCUAAGAAUUUUGCACAGUACUGUAUUUGUCAAUGUGGAGUGGAAAGCGAGUUUGUAACUCUGUCAGGAGCAAAGGAUGUUGGGAUUGGCGAAGGUGAAGUCCCAUGAGAGAGGUGUGCAACAGGUGGUGCAAAGGAGUGCCAGGGGCAGAGAGGGUGGAGGUAGUGUGGGUGCAGACACAACACACCCAGCCCUGAGAUGCCAGGCAAGGUUAUUUAAUUCCAAACAAUUGGUUUAUUGAUCAUUGCAGAAUGUCUCUCUGGUGUUUCCCACUCCCUCACCUCUCCCUUCCUAUUUUCUCAACCAUGAUUCUUCUCUUCCUGUCCCCUUCCCACUCUCAGUCCACAAUAGUGACUAUAUCAGAAUUAGGUUUAUCAUCACUCUCACAUAUCAUGGAAUUUGUUAUUUUUUUGCAGCUGCAGUACAGUGCAAUACAUAAAAUUACUACAGUACUGUGCAAAAAUCUUAGGCACCCUUGCUAUAUAUAUAUAUACGUGCUAAGACUUUGGCAUUGUACUACUGGACAGAUCCUUUGAACAUGUAGAGAGGCGUGGUUCAUGUUAAGAGAGUUGCAAAAAUACAAAUUUAAAUUAGUAUGAGGUUUAACCAAGUGUUGAAGGCUCUUAAUCAAAUUUGAUUAUAUAUGUGUGAGCAAUAGAUUAAUUCACCAGUGAACAUUAAAAAUAUUCAUCAAUGGAAGAAGAUCUGCUGUGCAAUGGUUAUUCAUUGGAAUGUCACACUUGUUAUACUUAAGCCAGCAAUAUUGAUAUCCUUAACCCAAAUUUCCCUUUUUAAAAAUUUGAUGUGUUGCUUUAUAAAUUUGUACAGAUCCAAGUAUAUGUUACUUGUAGCUGGGUACUUUUCACUGAGUUUGGGUUAUAAGUGAAAAGCUAGAAUCUUAUAUCAAGAGUAUUGAAUUGUACUGUGUGACAGACCCAGUGCGAAGCUUAUAUUUUAUUUAGAAACCUUGAUUGUUAUCAUAAAUGUAACACAAGCUAUUCCACAUUAUUGACAAUCUACUUUGCAUAUUUUACAUCAAGACCUUAAUGCAAUUACUUUCAACAGCUUAUUUUGCACAAAUAUCUCUUUGGCACUCCUUUGAUUUAGUGGUGCUAGAAAAUAAUAUGCAGAGAAUCUAUGUACUCUAAUUUGAAUUCCUAGAUGUAUAUCUAGAAUCUGUGUUGUUGAAGAUAUAUGUAUUCCAAGCCUGCUGAUCGUACAAUAGGUAUUUAUCAUAGGCUUGAGUGAAAUGCAUUCUGAAUUGAGAUAAAAGUACCACUUAACUCUGCUAUGCAAUUACACUACAGAUGUGUAUGCUCGUUACUUGCAGCCCUAGCAUGCCAUUUUCCAAACAAUUACCAUGUGAUCCUGCUUGAAAUCCACCCCAAUUGCUUGAUGUCAGAAGUGCUUUGCAGUCUCUUCCCUUUCUGGGUGUGUUUGUCUUACUUCAGGCCUUUUCUUGACCUAGUUGCUUUGGCUUCCGUACCUGUGGAGUCUUCCCUCAGCAGUCUCUCUUGAUGUUUUUCGUUAGUGAUACAAGGUAAGAAGAAGGCAGAUUUCUGAUAGUUUGCAGUGCCACUCCAAUGAAUUAGAGGGCUUUGCUCCUUCAUAAAACACAUACUAUUCAGGAAUAUCCACAAAGAGCCAAUUCAAAUAUGGAGGGAAUUUAUGAGAAUGAUCAUCGAAACGAUAAAUCAUAAAUACAAGAGAUUCUUCAGAUGCUGGAAAUCCAGAGCAACACACACAAAACACUGGAGGGUCUGAGCAGGUCAGGCAGCAUGUAUGCAAGCGAGUAAACAGUAAACAUUUGGGGCCAAGACCUUUCUUUUGGAGGAAAACAUCGUAAUUAAAAGGCGGGGGGUGGGGAAAGGAAAGGAGGAAUACAAAACAGUACUAUUGUAGAUAAAGUAGCCACUUAAGUCAAUCAGCUGCCUAUUAUUUCCAUGGUCUUGCCUGAUAGGUUAUGUUCUUGUAAUCAUCUUGUUAAAAUGGUUGACCUUGGUUUGUGGCACCCAAAGACAAGUUAUCCACCCUGUCCACUAACUUGCAAAUAGGUGAAGCAAUUGGGCUGUUAAGAUGUCGAUCAAAUCACAAUCGUAAGUUUAUUGGGUGGCCAGUUACAUAAAUGGGAAAUGACUCUAACCCCACACUAUCUUAUUAUUAGAUAUUGAUAACAUGCUUCGAGUUAACUAAAAUGCAGUAUUUUAUUUUAUUAGAGGUACAGCACAGUGACAGACCCUUCCAGUCCAACGAGCCCACACCGCCCACUUAUGGCCAUGUGACCAAUUAACCUACUAACCACUGAGUCUUUGGAAUGCGGGAGGAAACCAGAGCACUUGGAGGAAACCCACACCAGGUACAGUUUAUCAGAAUGGCUAGACAGUAUUAAAAGUAAAAUCUUGGUGUGGCAGUCAGUCGCCUGAGGCAACACAGGAUGAAAUGUAGUCUUCAAAUAAAGUGGAUUUAGCUCAACAGCUAAUAAUUUUGAAGAGGCCAUGCUGUUGAUAGUUGAGUCCCUGUUUUAGUGUAUGUGUUUUUGUAUAUCAGAACAUUUCGUAUUGCUUUUGUAGCAUAGCAAAAUCCCAGAGCGGAGUCUCCUAGCUUGUGGUCCACAGACACCUUGCUUAAUGGUAUUGGUCCAUGGCAUGAAAAGGUUGGGAAACCCUGCCCUAGAGUAAACUAGGAAGUGAAGAAGUGUUCAUUGGAGCUUAAGUUUUUUUUAUCUGAGAUACAGGCUGAAGUGCUGGAAGAUGGAAGUUAUUCUAGAGGCAAAGGAUACCACAUUCAUCAUCAUUAUGUGCCUUAUCGUACAAUGUGGGCAAUCAUGGUCUUCCAUCUGUUAACCAUGAUUGUUCUUGGCAAAUUUUUCUACAGAACUGACCUGACAUUGCCUUCUUCUGGGCAGUGUCUUUACAAGACGGAUGACCCCAGCCAUUAUCAAUACUCUUCAGAGAUGGUCUGCCUGGUGUCAGUGGUCGCAUAACCAGGACUUGCGAUAUGCACCAGAUGCUCAUACGACCAUCCACCACCUGCUCCCCUGGCUUCCUGUGGCCCUGAGCAGGGAGCUGAGCGGGUGCUACACCUUGCCCAAAGGUGACCUGCAGGCUAGUGGAGAGAAGGAGUGUCUUACACUUCCUUUGGUGGAUAUGUAUCUCCACCCCACACUCUACCACUACAGAUAGGGUGGUGGAAGUACAAUGUGACACAUUUAUAUGAACAGCUUGAACUUCAAACAUAGACAAAGGAAUCUGUCAAACUAAAGAAUCAAUUGUUGCACUUAUGCAUUAAAAUUGUAUUGAAAACCAGACUGAAUCAGUGUCAUUGUUUGAAAGAAAUACUGAUAUAUCCCCUUCACUCUUCAGCCGAGUCCCACUCUUUGCUUUUCCCACUUGACAAGAAGGAGCAGAAUGGUUCUGCAGUGAACAGCAUAAUCCUAUCUUCCAAAUAGACCAACGACCAACAUGUAAUGAGUGAAGCAAAUGGGUUAAUACUCCUUUGGGUGAUUAGUUUAAUCUCUGCUUGGACCUACAGCGUAGAAAGGAAUUCUAUUGGAGAAUCACCCAAACUGUGGUUGAGGCCCUAUUUUAUUUUAUUGCCGUUGUAGCAUAGAAAUAUCCUAGGGUAAAUUAGUAAGUGGAAAAGUGUUUAAAAGUUCAAAGCUCAAAGUAAGUGUAUUAUCAAAGUAUGCAUAUGUCAUCAUACACUCUUCUUAGAUUCAUUUUAUUGUGGGCAUUCACACUAAAUGCAAAACAAUAGAAAACAUUCAACAAAGCUUGGAAUUUUAAUGUGAAGAAAUUAUAAUGUUUCUAUGUUAAAGAAUAGUGAUCAGUUUACUGAAACUAGAAAAAUAUAGCCUUCUUGUGACUUGUAUUAAAAUUUGAACUUUAGCUGGUGUGGUAUAUCUGAAAGUAAAGGUACAUUCCUAUUGACAAUGUCUCUAAGGUAUCAUUGUAUAUGACAACGUUAAAGAAUUUUGUAUGUAAAAUCAGAUAUUAAUCUUUGAACCUUUUUAUGUUUGUGGAUGUAAUGCAACAAAAUCUUUACGCAUUGCUUUAUAUCUUGAAGUUUACCAAGA